AUGAAGUGGAUCGCAUCUCUCACACUCACGCUCGCCGCGUUGCGGCAUGCGGCGGCGACCAACUCAACGUCCUGCACGCCUCGGCUCAUGAGCUACUGGAUCAACGCCAACGCCUCCAUCGGCACCGUUACAUCCGUCGACGAGGCUGGCAGCUUCCAAGAGGACGGGAACAUUGCUUACCCGGUCAACGUCACCAACCUCCCCAGUCUCUGCGCCGUGACUUUCGUGGCCAAGACCCGCGAGGGAAAUGCGACCUAUAAAUUCGGUCUCUUCCUGCCCGACGAGUGGAAUGAUCACGUCCUGACCGUCGGUAACGAGGGUUACGAUGGCGGCGUGAACUGGCCUGCUAUGGCGGCUGGUGUCAAGUACGGCUUCGUGACCGUCUCGACUGACGGUGGACAUAACUCGACCUCCAACAACCUCACAUGGGCCCUGGGCGAUGAGAACAAGCAACUGGACUUUGGCUUCCGGGCCCUUCACGGCUCAUAUCAGCUGGCGCAGAGAGUGAUCCAGCGCUACUACAACCUGCCUGCUAAGAAGUCGUACUUCGCUGGUACUGGCCAGGGCGGUCGCCAGGGCCUGAAGGCCGCCCAGCUCUACCCCAGGGACUUCAACGCCAUUCUCAUCGGUGCGCCGGCGUGGUGGCAGAGUCACCUGCAGAGCUGGAGGGUCUCUCGCGCCACGCUGAACGGCGGCAACGACACCAAGAUUCUGACCGCGGAGAGCCUCAAGGUCCUCGGUGACAAUGUCAGGAAGCAGUGCGACGCGUCGGACGGCGUUGAGGAUGGCAUCAUCAGCAACCUUGCCAGCUGCUACUUCGACUUCUCCCUCUUCACCUGCGGUGGUGACGGUGUCGAUGCGUCGGCUUGCUUGACUACGGAGCAGGUCGAAGUCGCCAAGAAGCUCUACGACAACUACGAGGUCGACGACGAGAAGGUCUUCCCCGGUCUGAGCCCGUCAUCUGAGUACGAGUGGACAUCCGUCCUCGGCGACAAUGACACCGACGUCAACGAGGAAGCCCUGGGCUACUUCAAGAACUUCAUCUACGACGCUGAUUGGGAAGCGUCGAGCUACAACGACUCCGUGCCCGCGUACGCCAACGAGACCAACCCGGGCGAGCUGGAUGUCAACAGCUUCAACCUGACGCAGUUCGCGAGCCUCGGUCACAAGAUCAUCAUGUACCACGGCACGGCGGACGGUGUGAACUCUCUCAACGCGUCCAUCCAGUUCUACGAGAGCGUCGUCAACGCCACUGGCGGCGACAUCGAGGCAACUCGCAGCUGGUUCCGCCUCUUCCUCGUUCCCGGCCUGGGAUCCAAAAACACGAGCGUCGAUGCACCGUGGUACAUCGGUGGUCCCGGGCAGUGGGAGCAGCUGGUGGACAAGGAUGCCGCCAACCUUACAGGUGUUCUUUCCGACCCGAAGUACGAUGCUCUCUCGGCUCUUGUCGCGUGGGAGUCCGAUGCAACCGUCCCCGAAUCCAUCAUCGCGACGACGUGGACAAACUCGACCGACACGUCGACUGGCGUGUUGAGGCAGCGCCCAAUCUGCCCGUGGCCAGCAACGCAGAAGUACAUUGGCGAGGGCGAUCAGUCCAAGCCUGAGAGCUUCGUAUGCUAA